AUGGCCAGUGAUACAGAAGACGAGCUGAUGCAACCGGUGUCCGGUGGCGGCGGACCGGUGGUACCCGGUUCCUCCUGCCCGGUGCCCGGCCGGACAAGAAGGCUUCGAAAUCGUACCGUUCUCGGCAACGACACAGACGGGGACAGCGGCAGUAGCAGCGGCAGUGGCCCGAUAGCGGGUCCCAGCCGGAGAAGGCCGGCCGGAGCUGUCGUGAUGGAGCUGGCAUCCGAAAGUUCCGAGUGGGAGUCGGACUGGAACAGUGACGAGGAGCAGCUGCUGGAGAAGGGCGACAAGGACGCGGUGGCCGCAGUCCUGGCCAGUAAGCUCGGGUACGCCUCGGACGACUCGAGUGGCGGCAGCAGCAGCAGCAGCGACAACGAAAAGUGUCCCAUUUGCUUGCUGUCGCUGCACAGCCAGCAGAUUGGCGUGCCGGAGGUGUGCGAACAUGUGUUCUGUGCGGCGUGCAUCGAGGAAUGGUCACGCACCGUCUCCACCUGUCCGAUUGAUCGUAAAGACUUUGCCGCGAUCAACGUCUACCCGAACAUCGACCAGCGGACAACAGUGCUGCGGACGUACCGCGUCCAACCGAAACCGGUCGAUACACUCGGCAGCCAAGAACUCGAUGGUGGCACCGGCGGUGUGCCCGGUCCGUUCCUCGACGUCGACGUCGACGACUUGAUCUUCUGCGAGGUGUGUCACCAGGCGCACCACGAAGAACGGAUGCUUCUGUGCGAUUCGUGCAACAACGGGUUCCACUUGGAGUGUCUCAAUCCGCCGCUAGUAGAGAUUCCGUUCGGUUCGUGGUACUGCGACGGGUGCUUUGCAUCCGGCUCCGACGAGGAUGACAACGAGCUGCAAGAUCUGUUGAACGAUCUGAACCAAAUCGGUGGCAUGAGGGAGUCCCGGCUCCGGCAGCGCAUUCGCAGCCCCCCGCGGAUCGUUCGCACGCGCCAGAGUGAGCGUAUCCGCGCGGCCAUUCGCGACCGGAUGCGCGGAGAGCUGCUGAGCCAGGCACGCCUGGAACCGGCGAUCACUUUGUCGGCUCGCGGAUCCAGCAGCAACGCGGCGGCGGUGGAGCGUUCUCGCGCCCGACUGGCCGCCGGUUCUUCUGCCCACGGAGGAAGCAGCAGCAGCAGCAGCCUCGUGGCGGUAACGUCGGUUCCGCGUGCCCGAAAAACGGUCAAACGAAAACGGCGCACGCGGCGCCAGAUUCUCAGUAUGAUCAUCUCGGAGUACGACGUCGACAACAACGACGACGACGGAGGGCGCGGAGGCGAACCGGGACAGAAGUUUGCCAUCAAACGCAAGAAGCUCUACAGCACGUUGCGCAAGCUGCGGAAGAAGCGAGCAAAGCGUCGGAAAACGACGGGCAGUGCUCACGCGACCGGACGGAGGCGUGCCACGGCCACCAUCACGGCGAGCGAGGAAUUGGCGGGGGCCACCAACUUCGCCGGGGACUCCGUGCAGCGGCAGCGGAUCGGAAGGGGCGUAACGCCACUGAAAAUCUUUGGCGGUCGGAACGAUUUGGACUACUUCAGCGACGACGACGAAGACGAAGAAAGCAGCACCGGUGGCGGUGGGGGAGGCAGAGCGGCCGGCGGCGGCGGCGGGUCAACGCUGAUCGGUACGAUGCCUCGACUUCGCAACCCGCUUGGUCUACGGAGGGCACUGAAGAGUGGCUUCGAGCGGUUCAGUACGCCGAGCAGUUCGGCACCGGGGUCGAAUGGCGGUUCGGUCGAUAUCCUUGGGAGCAUUCUCGAGAGUCAGGAACGGUGGCAUUCGCGCGACGGCCUGCGGAACGUGCGGAUCAAUGGUGGAAAAAUCAUUUUUCCCAGCAACGGACCGAGCAGUGAGCGUCCCAGCGACGGUGGUGCCCCGAGUCAACGCAACCGGCCGGGUGUUACCGGCAUUACCAGUGCGGCCAACACCUCCGGUGCCAGUAGCACCGUCACGAGUCAAUCACUGGCCGGUGCGGACGGGAAUGCCGGUGGUUCCAGCAGCCUGUCAGUGAACGGAACUUCCGAUGGUGCUUUUGGUGCCGGUUCCACCGGCGCUGCAACGGCCGGAAGUUCGUCGCAAGGUGGCUUGGGACCGGCCGACGGUUCCCUCGAUGAGCUCGAUCCAUCCGAUACGUCCAUCUUUGUCGAUCUCCCGUUUCCUGGCAAAUCAUCCACCGCUGAAGACGAGACCCAGGAGAAGCAGGAAGAGGACUCGCCGGGCAAGGAAGUGACGGGCGAGGGCAGUAAACCGAUUGCGGGUCGCCUUCCGAAGGGCCUAGCGCACGAUGCGACGGUUACGGCUGCCGGCAGCUCAUCCUCAUCCGUCGCGGAAAACAACUGUCCCAAUUUUUCCGUCUACUCCUCGGAGACACUGCACUACGCCAAGGGAUCGGCAGACGGCAACCAACUGUACGAUCCGCUCGACAGCGAGCAGCGGACCGAGGACGAGGAGGAUGAGGGGGGCGAUCGCGACGAAGAUCUGGUUCAGCUAGACGACGACGAUCCGCUCGGGCAGGGCGAAAAACCGGUGGCUGGUGGUGGGGACGUGACGGCAAACGGAGCCAGUAACGGGCAAGGGCAAGACGAGGAGGUUUGCCCCGAACGGGACGAGGACAAUGGAACACCGGCACGAGACGAGUUCGAUUCCGAGAGCGACGAUGAGUUGAAGAAAAUCGAAGCCGACUCUAGCCGGGGACUCGACGGUCGGGGCCGAUCGAGCCGGAGCGAGCGGGGCCUGGAUGCGCUGACGCCACCACUGACGACUUCGCUCGUGGCAGCUCUGGGUGCAUCCGGGGCAGCGAUGGCGGCGGCAUCGGCCAUCGCCACAGCCAACUUUGGCCCCCCGAUUGGCCUCGCGACGUCGACGGCGAGUGGGUGCGGUGGCGAUGACGAUCGCAGCUAUACACCGUGCUUGGACGAAAAGUAUCAGGAGCGCCGGGAGCUGAUCGAUCACCACACCGGUGAGGAUACGUCCGGGGAAGGUGGCGGUCUGCUGGCGUCGUCGGUCCGGUUCCACAGUCAGGGCAGUGCGAUCGAUUCGGCCGGAAUCGGUGGCAUGGACACGGAGCUCAUUUCCGAGGAGGACGACAACGCGUUCGGCGAGACAGCGGAGGACGGUGCGGGGCCAUCCGGUACCGGCAAAGCGUCAACCUCCACAGGGGCGGGUGCGAAGCGGAAGACGGGCAGCGAGCUAACGUUCAAGAAGGUCACGAAAAAGGGCCGCGAGCGAAACUAUCGUGAAAAGGACUCGAAGAAAAGGUCCUCGCGUCGGGACGGCGAGCGGUCGGACGGCGGCGAGAAUGGUGGUGACAGUGGCGGAGGUGACGGUGCCUACGGUGGCAAAUCGGACAGCAGAAGCCGACCCCGACGACCGAAGCGCAAAGAGAUGCCACGCUACGACAUCCGGUCGAUCAUCGCGGAGAAGCGUCCCCGCAUCUACAAGGAUCCGUUCGGGCGCGACGUCACACCGAAGCGGCGUUCCAGGACACGGUCCCCGCGAGUACCGUCGCGCAGCCGCUCCCGGGACCGUAAUCGAAACAUUUCGAUUUCACUCUCACCCGAACCGCCGCUUCUUGCUGCUGCCGGGAGCACAAGACCGUCGCGGCACUACGCGGCCGGGGCAGCUGGAGCAAGCCGGCGUCGUUCGCCGUCCCCCAGACAACAUCGUGCCGCUCGAUCGCCGCCCUCGAUGCGCUCUCCACUGCCAUUCCGGUCGCGGUCUCGUUCACGGUCGCGCGGCGUCGGAGGACCUUUGGGGACGCUGCGAUCGUUGUCACCGCGCUCACCCCGUGCACGCUACGCCCGAUCGAUACGUUCCCGAACGUUCUCACGAUCACCAUCGCCACCGGCAGCGGUUCACCGGGUCCCACUAGCGCUAAGUGGAGGAAGCCGUAGUUUGCGGCGCUCCCCACCACACGCCUCCCGGUCACGCACACGAUCGCCGGCGGAACGGAAGCUGGCGGGUCGGUUGAAGAAGAAAUCGAAACGAAAGUCAAAGCGGGUCGCCUCGGUCAGUCGCAGCCGGAGCAGGAGUCGAAGUCGCAGCCGUAGCCGCAGCCGCAAACGGAGCCGCAGCCGGAGUCGGAGCAGGAGUCGAAGCCGUAGCCGGAGCCCAGUGGAUCGACGGGCUCGCCGGUUGCCAAAGGUUCCCACCUACAGCAGCCGAAGCGGGCGGAAGAAAAAGUCGAAACGCCAAAGCGUUUCUUCGCCGCCCGCCCGCGCCAUUUCUCCGGACCGACGGCCGGCCGGACAAGCAGGCUCCGGGGCGCAAAAGAAGCAAAAGAAGAAGGGUCGCAAACGAUCGUCCCCCUCGCAGAUCGUUUCGCGAUCGACGUCCCGCACACCACCACCGCCCGGCCCUUCGGCCAGUGGUCUAACGGAACGCUUCACCAAAGGCCGCCAGCGGGGCUCGUGGACACCUCCCCCAAUGGCUGCGCCAGCCACGGGCAACGUGGCGACCGUCAGUGGCAGUCGGGUCAAGACGAACGGGGCCGCCAAUCUGACGGUCAUUCUCACCAACGAAGAAGCAGUGGCCAAACAGCAGCAGCAGCAGCAACAGCAGGCUCUCGGCGGCACUGCGAAGGAGCACCGCAGCAAGGCCGCCCGGAAGGAGGCACGGCGCCGGGAGCGGGCCCGAGAGAAGAAUAGCCUACCCUCGAAGGAAGUAUUUACAUCGGGUGAUAAUAUUCUUGUAAGUGUUAGCUUUAACGAUAAGACGACACCGGCCACCGGUGGUGGGGUCAGCGGUGCCAAGGAGCUGGACAAGGCGCUGGCCGAUGGAUCGACGGCGGACGAACACCGGUACCACCACCAUCAUCACUACCACCACGGAGCGGGUACGGCACCGAGUGGCACGGAUCGAGCCAAGCAGCGGCUCAAGGACGGUGGCGGCGCGGCCACAUCGAAACGCCAGCGUGCGGUCGCUGGCGCUGCUCCGCUCGACGGUUGCGAGCGUCCGAAAAGCAAGCGCGUCGAUCGGAUCGGCAAGCAGCAACAACGGGGAACGCUCGCGUCUCGUCUCGGGGAUGGUCCCGCGGUCAAGCCGGUGGUUAUCAUCGAUCUGGACGGAUCGCCCUUCCGUGUGCUGACCCCAUCGCCGAAGGCCGUCAUCGUACUGUCGGACAGUGACACCGAGAAGGACAAGGAUCUGCGGGGCCCUGCCGGUGGAGCGGGACCAUCCGGAAGCAUCCUCGUUGCACAGGCCACAGGAGGAGGACCACAGGGGGCGCAGGAGAAAGAGAGCAACGGAGGAGCUACAGCGCGCAGUAACGCCAUCGGUCAAUCGUUGGGCCAGUCGUUGGGUCUUGUCGUGGAUGGACAAAGCGGUGGCGCGCCAACACUCCCGGGGGCCGGUCCAAGUGGUGCUACGGGAGGUGCUGGAGCUGGCGCUGGGGCCGCGUUGCGCCAAUCGCCACCAGACGAUGAUAUGUUUGGCCCAAAGACACCGCCAGGCUUCCCGAAGGCGACCGAAACCUCGGCCGUCCCCAGUGGUGCCCCGGGUGGCGCCGGUACCGGGCAGUCUGCUACCUCCUCGUCCACCAACAACAAAGCCCUGCUGCAGGCCCCGAAGUUUUCGAUGCAAGUGAAAACCAAGUCAUCCAAUGUGCGACCCGUCAACCCGUUGUACGAUCCCGGUGACCUCGACGACGGAAAGGACGACGAAAGCCCGGAGCGACAAGAUGAAGCAGCUGCUGGCGGCGCCGGCGGUGGCAGUGGUGGUGGCGUUGGUGCAGCUGCCGAUGGUUCGAACGGUGGUCAGGUCGGGGCCACACUAUCGCAGACUGGCUACGUUGGCGGCGGGAGCCACGUGGGACUGACGAUGGCCACAUCCGUUGGACCGAACACGCCACCGGAACCGGCACCCCAAUCACCUUCGCCCGAUGUUUACGAUCCGUUCGAACCGACCAAGUCGCCAUCGCCAUCACCGACACCGCGGGAUGCGCUCUCGAUCGGGCGACUGUCCGAGGAGGAUGAACCGAGCAACAACAAGACUGCCGCCGCGGUGGCUCCCGACACUGCGAUCGCGGAACGAAACACGGAACUCAUGAACGGUGGUGGUGGUGGCGGCGGCGGAACCGGUGUUGAUAACGUCGGUUCGCGAACACCUCCCCUGUUGGGACGGGCCGGCGGCGUUGCACCGAAGGUCACGGUCCUCAGCAGUAUCGUGCUGAGUGCGGCGGCCAACAUCGCCACCUCCGACGCUAACUCCGACUCCGACGUGGUGAUCUUUGACGAUUUCCCGCAUUCCUCGGGCGCCACGAUGCAGAAAGGGCCCACUUCCGGUGGUGGUGCCGUUGGCAACAGUCUGAUUUCGAAGCUGCCUCUGCCGGGCCAGCAGCAGGGCGGCGGCGGUGGUGUGGCCGGGCAGCAGAGCAGUGGCGCCUCUUCCGGGCCGGCGAAGUUCGUCGGUGACUUUAUGAAUCCAACCGACUCACCGUACUCGCCGGGGGCGAGCGAUUUCGACGACCUGUUCGAGCCACCACCGGGCGGUGGCGGCGACCUGCAAGGCGUAGGCGACUCGCCUCCGUUGCCACACGUUGCCAAGCAGCAGCAGCAGCCCAACAGUGGCCACCAUCCGCUGGCACACUCGUUGGCUCAGCAGCAGACAUCCUACAAACCGUCAACGUCGAAGAUGCCAACGACGAAGGCGGCCAAAAAGUCGACCAUCCAAUUCGAUUCCCUGUUUGGCUCGGCGUCGCCGCCGAAUCACGCCGGUGCACGGAUGGGCGGCCGCGGUCGGAAAGGGGCCCACAAGCGCUCGAAGGGCACCGGAGGAGGUAAGCUAAACCAAAAAGGUGACACAGCGGAUGACGAGGAUCCGUCGAAGCUAUCGGUGAAGGAAAAGUUCCUGAAGAAACUCAAUCGACUCGAGCGUGUCGUCGAAGAGGUGAAGUUAGUUAUCAAACCUUACUACAACAAAAAGCAAAUCAACAAGGAUGAGUACAAGGAUAUUCUACGCCGUGCCGUGCCGAAGAUCUGCCAUAGCCGCACCGGGGAAAUUAAUCCGAUUAAAAUUCAGAAGCUCAUCAAGGCGUACGUACGCAAAAUACGUGGCAAACGGCGGCUGACGAAGAAGGGUGGCCCCGGCAGCGGUGGUCCUUUAGGUUUGCCGACGAACAACAGCAAUGCGAUUAUAAUAUAAAGCGAAAGCGACUAGCAGCGGGUGCGUCCACCAAAAUGGAUAUAGGGUUUCGGCGUAAGGUGGAUAGGCGCGAGGCAAUCUGUAUAAAGUUGUACUUUAUUUGACACACGCUAACCUAUGAGUUUAAGCUGCGAAGCUGUAGGCACAGUUAACCUACCUUAUUGUAAUUAUUAUUAUAAUCCCCAUUAGUUGUGUUUUACACUGCUUCUAUUAUUACACUGUUUCUUUUAUCAAUGUGUGUACAUUUAAGCUCAAACACAUCAAGAACCGAGCAAGCAUCCUCCUUUUUCUGGCGUGUACCGCCCCUCGAUAUAUGACCACGAUUUUACGAAGAAUGCGACCAAACCGUUUAGUUAGAUGCAAAAUAUUGUGCUUUCCGCCUAUCGUUUAAAUUGACAAAAGCGUCGCUUUAUGCGCACACAUCGUAGUUUUUCGUUUCAAAAUCGAGCUCCGGUUUUUUGAACAGAACCCUGCAUGCGGUGGACGAGUUAAGCGUAAGAUAAGUUUAAGAACGAAGCAUGAAGCAUGAUUAUUAGUGAGGCAAAGCGUAAGUAGUGUGUAAUGCGAAUGAAACCACCAAAAGAGAGUGGCAGUGAUUGGCGAACAGAAUGUCUUAACAAACGGGAAACCGACAGAAUUUUGUGCAAGAGUGAAUGAUAAUGUUUAUUACUUUUUAUACCAUUGGCCAAAUGAUGAUCGAGUGAGACGGUACUAGAAACUCCGUCUGCUGCAUAAUUAUGAUCCUACGCUCUGGGUUUACCUCGGACUGAGUCACAAUACAAUUGAUUGAUUGUUGAAUUGCUGCACCAACGAGAUUCACAGAGCCCACAGAGAGAGAGAGAGAGAGAGGCAUACGAUGAUGCGGUUAGUGAAUGAAACAGUAAGGGAACUAUAAAUUAAAUUUCCACCAAACUCUGGCACUCUUUGCGCAGAUGUAGCAGCAGCGCAAGUCGGGCGACGUUCGGAUGGGUAUCGCUCGAAUUUAAAGACACACCUUUCCCUCAAGCUAAUCAGCUGCUCAAGUAGUAGAAUUAUACUGACAGAGGAAGAAAAAAGAAUCAUUACAAAUGCUCCAACCUUUAGCCGAACGGAUAGAGCGAUCAUCAGCAGCCCCGUCAUUCAGAUUUUCCCAUUGCGACGAAAAUGAGGAAAUCAUUUAAAUAUGGUAUUUAUAUAUAGUUUCAUUGUAUUGUAGAUAAACCAAGAGCAAAUAGAGUGUUACUGUCAACAACUGGGAAAUGUGGAGAAAACGGACAAAAUUAUGCGACCUCCACAAGCACAGACAGCAGCCCUUUCAGCGCAAACUACGCAACUUGAGGAGAAAACGUUGCGUUCUCGAAUUCGGCGAAGGUGGCAGAUGAGAUCGAUCUCGCUUUCUCCUUAUCAACAAUACACACAUAUAUUUAUUCGUAUGUAAUACUGCACACAGCAACACAUUCUGACAUAACUAACCACUCGGUCAAGUCACCGCAAACGGCGUUUUAAUGAUAAGCUGAACAUAGUAAGUUGUUAAGUAGCGAAAACACUAACGGUUGGAACGUGUGGGCUGCGCUCUUCCUGCGAUGCGGUGCCCCGAGACCGCUGGCUGAUAACGAUGAUUCUCAAUGGUUUAGUUCACAUCCCAGCAUAAGUCAAUUGUAGCCAAACGACACCUGCUGUACACCGGAGAGCUUUCGCUACACACCGAUGUACCCGAUGCAAUAUAUCUGAUUAAAAUCGUUUCUUUCCCAACUUGUUUUCGCCUUCCGGUUACUAUUAAGCCGCACACCUCGUCAGUGACAUAGGAAAACCACAUCAACUCUAACCAUUUGAUGGUGGCUGUCGUAGGACCUCAGAAAUGGGCGAACAUGCGUGGUCAGCAGAACGCCCUCAACGUGUGCGCCACCAUCGUGUCAGUCGUGUGCUAAUGGUUUAGAUUGAAGCGGAUUGAAGGUGUAGGAUCUACCUAAUUCACAGGACCGUCACCGUCUG